AUGUGGCUGGGACUUUUAGUAGUUAUCACAACUUUUGUCUAUAUAUACAGCGAGCCCUUAAAUAAUAUUCUGCAGUCUCUGGAUGUAGAGAUUGCUUACAAAACUAUCUUUUUGCUGCAAAACCAAAAUAAUAGCUUGUGCUGGAACCAAACAGACUUUGAAGAAACAGUGCCUAUAUUGAAUUUCAACGCUAGUGAAAGUGUGUAUCUGAAGGAUAGUUUCAACAGUAAGAUAUUGGUUCUAGUUUGCUUGGACAAAAGCGAAAAUGAGGCAAUGGAAGAUCUCUUCAAAAACCUGGAUGAUAUGCGUGAUACUCACACCAUAUUGUUUGCAGCCUCAGAGGUCAAAAUAAAUGCCUUAUUUCUAAAGUGUUUCGAAGAAAAAAUGCUUAAUGUGCUCGCUUUUAAGGGCUCAGACAGAAGUAUUGUCUACAGUUACCAAGCCUUUCCAGCAUUUCGGUUUAUAAAGAGAAAAGUGACGCAUAUUAAUACAUACUUUGAACCGCAACUGAAGGACCUGGGUGGCUAUACCCUUAAGAUACUACCCGAUAAUAUAAUGCCGCGAACUGUGGCCUAUAGAACUCCAGAUGGACGUCGUCAGUUGGGUGGAUAUCUGUGGCACUUUAUCAGGAACUAUGCGAGCACCUUGAAUGCUACACUGAAAAUCUGCUGGGAUCUAGUUCCAGAGGAAGGAAUGACCCAUUUGGCCAUGGUCAUUCAACUGGCCAAAAUGGCUGGGGUGGACUUUCCGCUGGGCAUUGAUGGCCUCGACCUGGAGACGGCGAAGCAAAACGUUCCCUUGGAGAUGUCCAGCUGGUUUCUGAUGCUGCCCAUGGAGCCUAGCAUUCCCCGCUAUCGUUUGGUUCAGCGAUUGCGACUGGAAAGCAUGAUUCCCCUGAUGAUGCUGGUGGCAGUGGCGCUGGGUAAUGCCCAUCGCAUUGAGGCCGGAUUGGGGCCCAGCUGGCGGAGUUUUGUCAUUGGCGACCAAGCCCUGCGAGGAACUCUAGGACAACCCUUUGUCUUGCCAAGACGACUCUCCCUCAAACUGAUGACCAUAUAUGGCAUGCUCCUCAUAGGUGGCUUCUUUAUGAGCAACUAUUACACCGCCGUUCUGGAGACUUGGCUGGUUCAUCCACCGACCGGCGAUCCCAUCAAUAGCUGGCAGCAAAUGCGUUCUCUAAAUCUGAAGAUACUCGUUAUUCCCGCCGAAAAGGAGUACAUGACGGAGGCCAUGGGCCUGGAGUUCAUGGAUACACAUCGCAACAUGCUGGAGAUCACAAACUCGGCAGAUUUCCAGCGGAAACGAAUGCAAAUGGACCAAGCAUAUGCGUAUCCUGUAACCACCACAUUGUGGCCACUCUUAGAGCAGGCACAGGUCAGGCUCCAGCGACCCAUCUUUCGGAGGUCCCGCGAAAUAGUAUUCGUAGACUUACUGCUUCUCACCAUGUCGCUGCCGGAAAACUCCCCCUUUCACAAGUCACUACUUAAGUACAGGAGAAAUACCCAGGAAAGUGGUCUGUACGUAAAUUGGUUUAAACGAAGCUUCAACGAAUUGCGGGCACUUAAUAAAAUCUGCUACAAGACCGACAGUGACAUAGAAGUAUAUUGUGAUCUGAAGUGGGAUGAUUUUUACUUUAUAUGGAUUGCUUUUGUAAUAGGAACCCUUAUUAGUAUCCUUGGGUUUCUUCUAGAGCUAGGAUACUAUAGGUGGAGUUUGAGAAGGACACCUAAAUAAGCCUUAUUAACCAGCUAUUACCAAUGUUAAUCGUUAAGAAAUGUGCCCGUAAU